AUGGUGAACUGGCGGACGAGAACAUUAGGUAACCAUGUAAAUGGCAACAGCCGCCGUGGCUAUCGAGAAGGUGAUAGCCACAGAGGCCGCGGCCGUGACAAAACCGAAAAUGAAGCUCGGAGCGAGAGCACGCCGCCUGCCAAUGUCACCUCGUCAACAAGACGCGACAUAGGCGGCUCCCCGGCAAACAGUCAGCAGAUUGAGGAAGUGCCAGGCUUUGCCAGAGCCUCGACAGAACGCGAUACAGGCUUCAUGAUAACUGGCCAGCAAGUUGAGGCAGCACCCGCGGCAGCAAUCGCAUCGUUGGAACGCUCCACAUCACCGCCAGCCUGGAUAAUGGAAUCAGUCAGACGUGAUUUAGACAGCUCGGCAAGGAGUCAGCAGAUUGAGGAAGUACCAGGCUUUGCCAGAGCCUCGACAGAACGCGAUACAGGCUUCAUGACAACUGGCCAGCAAGUUGAAGGAGCACCAACUGCAGAAAUCACAUCGUGGGAACGCUCUACAACACGACCAGCCUCAACAAUCAGAUCAAUUGAAGAUGAUUUGGGCAGCUCGGCAAACAGUCAGCAGAUUGAGGAAGUGCCAGGCGUUGCCACGGCCUCGAUGAAACGCGAUUUGGGCUCCCCAACAUUGCCGGCCUGGAUACUCGAAUCAAUCAGACGUGAUUUAACCCCCCAUACGGUGCCAGCCGCUGCCAUGCCCUCGGUUGAACGCGCCAUAGAAGAGCAGAUUGGCAUAAAUGAGCCGCAAACAAAGAAGACUGACGCCCAAGUCUCCCAUCCUGAGCCCCCCGCUGAACCCGCGCGUGGCUGCGGCUUAAGAAGAGACCUCUAA